UCGAAUUUUGACUUCGCAGCGUUCAGACGUGUUCGGAAAAACCUGAAAGCCAUUCGAGUGACAAAAGAUAAACCCAAACUGAAAAUACAACAUACCCCCAGUCAACUGUGGUCACCGAUCGAGAGUGUUUCGUUUCGAAAAAUCGUGGUGAAAAGUGAAAUCAGAGCCAAAACACCAAACGCUUGGCCAGCAAUAAAAAGUGCUAUCCAGAACCAGAGAUAAAUUCUCUGCUCGAAACUACAAGUGUUGAAUCGCCGAUUUUUCUUUGGAUUAACCUACGUUUGCCGACGCAUUUCUGUGGAUUAACCUCAUCGACGCCGAAGCAAAGCUACACAUUUGUAGCCUUGUCUCGCAACCUUAGUGGAUUACAUUUCAAAAAACACACUAAGCAACUAAAAUGGUUGUCUUGGAAGGAGGCGGCGGCGUUGUUACCAUCGGUAACAACCAGUACCUUCAACCGGAUUAUCUGGCCCCAUUGCCCACAACGAUGGACGCCAAAAAGAGUCCCCUGGCUCUGCUCGCACAGACCUGCUCCCAGAUUGGAGCAGACUCAUCGGCGGUGAAGCCACUGCUGGCGAUGGACAAGAACAAGACAAAGCCCGGGGCCUGCUCCUCGUCGUCGAACUCGUCGAGUUCCUCGAGCAGUGCCGAGAUCUCGGCUGCCAAAUCGCCCUCCGGCCAGGCCAAAUCGCCCAAGUCCAGCACACCCAUUAGCUCCACGGCCACCAGCACGAGUCUGGGCAAUACCAGCACAGGCGAAAUCAAACUGGCCUUCAAGCCCUACGAGACGAAUGUGCUGAGCCAUCAGAAUCAGAACUCCUUCAAGAGCAGCUCCUCCCUGGAGGCCGAGCCCACGCGUCCCAGCUCCAAGAACUCCUCCUCCGCCCAGGAGCGAGUACCAUCGCGCAGCAAGUCCAAUGCCACGCCCACAGAUGGCAACAAGACGGAGAUAUCGGUGCAUGAUUCUUCGUCCAGCCGGAAGACAGUGUCCCCGUCGGGAUCCUCGCAGCGCGGCGCCAGUCCCAUUGUGCGAUCCGGAAUGGAGGUGCUGAACAAUGCCAACGGUACCGCCCAGCAUCCCAAGGAGAUGAGCAGCAUGGCAGCGGCGGCGGCGGCUGCAGCGGCGGCCUACAAGGCAGCCGGACCAUAUGGCCUGAAUCACCUGUCCGCCCUCUGCUGUCCGCCCGGCAUGGAGCAGCAUGCGAAUCCCGCCUUCCGGCCACCCUUUGCCGGAGGAUUCUCCCACCAUCACGCCGCCAUGCUGGCGGUAGCAGCCAAUGGAGUGUAUCCGGGUGGAGCUCCGGGCGGAGGACCAGGUGGCCAGCCCAAUCCUUAUAUCAGUUACCAGCGCAUCAAGACACCGGCUGGCGGUGAGGCCAUAGUGCCCGUGUGCAAGGAUCCCUACUGCCAGGGAUGCCCUUACUCGGCGCACACGCAACAAAUGUUGAUGGGCGCACCCUGUCCUGCCGGAUGCACCCAGUGUGAGCAUCAGAAGUAUGGACUGGCCAUGGCCAGUGCCGCCGGAUUGCCACCAGCUCAUCCCUAUUCCCAGGCAGCUGCAGCGGCGGCAGCCAAUGCCGCGGCAGCCCGUUCCGCCCCCUACGUGUGCAGUUGGGUGGUGGGCGAUGCCUAUUGCGGCAAGCGGUUCCAGACCUCCGACGAGCUCUUCUCUCACCUGCGCACCCACACCGGCAAUCUCUCGGAUCCGGCGGCUGCUGCGGCAGCUCUGGCCCAAUCACAGGCUCAGUCGCUGCUGGGAACCCUCUUUCCCCCAUCCGCCUUGAGGGCUGGCUACCCAACACCACCAUUGAGCCCCAUGUCCGCGGCAGCGGCAGCGGCGAGGUAUCAUCCCUAUGCCAAACCCCCGCCGGGAGCCAUGGCCGGCGGACCUUCGCCCUUCGGCGCCGCUGGAGCCUUCAAUCCCGCCGCCGCCGCUGCGGCAGCUGCUCUGGGUCCCUAUUACUCGCCAUAUGCCAUGUACGGCCAGCGCAUGGGAGCGGCCCAUCAGUGAAGUGACUUUCACCUAAUGAUAGAUACCAAAAAAAAUGGAUUAUAUUGAAGAUAAAACCAGAGAUAUAGGACGAAAGGGUUGCCCCCCAUUUCCAAAAACCCUGUUUGAGAUACUUUCAUAGAAAACAAAAAAGAAAACACAAAAACAAUUGCAAAGGCUGACACAUCUCUGGCUUUUGCGCUAUUCUGUGAUACUAAACUGUAGUUUAAAGAGCGCUAGUUACACUUAAGUUUCGCAAACAGAAAAUAUUCAACCACCUAUAAAAGAAAAACAGUAGCAGCCGCAAAAUAGCAGGAUCACUUAUUCUUCUUCUCCUUUCACCCUAAAUGUCUACAGUAAUCGAAUCGUUAGGUAAAAACUGCAGCAAACAGGAACAGAAAGUCCACUCACUCUCAUUUGUUCUCAAAGUUCAACCAAAGUUUUUUAAGUCUUAGCCGGAACACAUUCUACAACUUCCAAUUUUGUUAACGACGAACCCAUUGCUGAGAUGUUCAAACAUUGUUUUAGUUUUAGUUCGCUUUAAGUUCUAUUAACUAUUAUUACGAUUAUCUACAAGCAUACAACAAACCAACAAUUGAAAUAAUGUUCUUUAAGUCAACUUAUAUGUAAAGUAAGCAUAACGAAUAAUUGUAAUACCAACCAAUCAGACAAAAAAAAAAAA